AGGUUGAUAUUCCUAUAUGAGAAGGUUUUGAAACAUGGACUGUGCAGCCUUUGGAGUGGAUGGUGGGAAAUACAGUGACUCAGAAACAGUAGAAAGAUAUUAAAAGUAGACCUUACUCCACACGAAAUUUGUCUAUUGCUGUUAAAUGAUAAUCUGGUCACCAUGUCAUCAAUCCCUAGUCCUGGAGGCUUGGAUGAAAGAGACAUCCGCCUAUUGAAGGUGUUCAAAUGUAUUUCCUGUGAAGGAAAAGCAUUCCUCCUGUUUGUAUUUCAGAGAGGAUGUCCCAAAGGUAAAAAGGAAACAGUUGAGGAGUACCUGAUGAGCAAAGGCAUAAAAAAAUCAGAUUACAAAAACCGAUUCAAUGCUGAUAUGAGAAAGACGAUUGUUGCUGACUCUUCAGGAAAAACAUUUGAUGUAAGUUUACUUCAUGCUGUCAUCAGGAAUGCUUGUGAAAAUGUUGCACCUCCCAAUGAAACUGACAAAUGGAAAGCUAAAGGUAAUAAACUUGAGAACUACUGUAGUAUGAUUAAAGAUCAGAGAAAUAGUGUUGCCCAUGGUUUGGAACUUCCAGAUGAGAAAGCUAUGAUUGACUGGCUUGUAAACCUGCAAAGUCUGUUGGAGAAGGGAUACGAGUCUGCUGGCAGCCGCUACUCUAUCCCAGCCUCAAUAAUUGAUGACGCAGUAAAAAGAAUGAAUGCCAAUAUUGAAAAAAUAAAGAAUGCACCAGGCCUGCCUGUAGAUGCUGACAAGUACCAAGAUGAAAUCAGAGAGCUAAGAGAGCAUUUAGAAAAUUAUAUAAAAAACAGUGGAGUGGUAGAGGUAAAGGAGAAAAUAAAGGGCCAGACAAACGUGGACCCAGCAUCUUUCAUAUCAGGCAAAGAGACGCUUAAAGUGAGAGCCAUUUUCACAAAUUUGGAAGUUAUAAUGGAAGAUAAAGCACAAAGUCAAACUCACAUUGAUUACAAAUCUGUGCUAGUGCAGAAGACUGAAAAGGGAGAGAUGCCCAACAUAAUAGUAAUUGAAGGGGAGGCAGGUGCAGGGAAGAGCACAUUUGGAAAACUCAUUCUGGCAGAGUGGGCUGAGAUGUCCCCCAUCUCACCCACAGAUUUGAAAAUCUAG